AUGGUAAUGAUUGAAUCAACGGAGGGCGCUAUUGGCGGGACUGUGGAACUCAAAGAACAACGGGAAGCAUUGCCUUUAUCUCUGUGUAAUGAUCCCUGUGAGAAAGGAUACAGCAAGGAAAAGAUAGAAGGAAAGUCCUUUUGCUGCUAUGCUUGUCGUCUGUGUCCAGAGGGGAAAAUAUCAAAGGAGAAGGAUGUGGAUGACUGCUCUCCAUGUCCAGAAGAUCAAUAUCCAAAUCCUGAGAAAAAUAUGUGCAUUCCAAAGCGGAUCACUUUUUUGUCCUAUGAAGAACCCUUGGGGAUCACUAUGACUGUUCUUUCCCUUUGCUUUUCCUUAAUGACAACUUUGGUCAUCACAAUCUUCAUGAAACACAAAGACACUCCCAUCGUCAAAGCCAACAAUCGGAAUCUAACCUACCUUCUCCUAGGUUCCCUCCUUCUCUCUUUCCUUUGUGUCUUUCUAUUUCUCGGGAGACCCAAUACGAUGGUGUGUCUCCUUCAACAACCAGCUUUUGGCCUUAUCUUUUCUGUGGCGGUUUCUUGUGUCUUGGCCAAAACCUUUGUGGUGGUUCUCGCAUUCAUGGCCACCAAACCUGGUUCCAGAUUGAGGAAAUGGGUGGGGGGAAGAAUGAUCACUUUCAUUCUUCUAGCCUGCUCCCUUGUUCAAAUGUGUGUUUGUGCUGUGUGGCUGAUAACGUCCCCACCGUACCCAGAUUUCGAUGCACACUCAACAUCUGAAGAACUCAUCCUGGAGUGCAAUGAAGACUCGGUCAUGUUCUACUGUGUUUUGGGAUUUAUGGGUUUUCUUGCUCUGGUUAGCUUCUCUGCUGCUUUCCUAGCUAGGACGUUACCUGACAGUUUCAAUGAAGCCAAAUUCAUCACCUUCAGCAUGUUGGUCUUCUGCAGUGUUUGGCUGUGUUUUAUUCCAACCUAUCUAAGCACAAGGGGAAAAUAUACAUUGGCUGUGGAGAUCUUCUCCAUGAUCUCCUCCAGUGCUGGAUUAUUGAUGUGCAUCUUCCUUCCCAAGUGUUUUAUCAUUGUGAUGAGACCUGAACUGAAUGAUAAACAUCAGCUGAUGAAGAGGAAGUUUUAACAAAUCUUUCCAUUUGCCUGAUAUCUUUUAUCUAUAGAUGUUGGAGAUCUUUCCCACUGGCACAUUUAAGCCAGAGGACAAUGUGCAAUAUAGAAGAUUGGCCUUUGUCUGAGAUUUAAAAUAGAUCAGAAUUUUUUUUUCCUUCUGGAAGGCAAUUAUAAAAGCAUGUGGAUAAAUAAUUAAUAGCACAAAUUGAUGUAUGGACAUAUUUCAUGUAUGAUAGACAGCUCUGACUAAAUAUAUAGAUUAAAUAUGAAUUGUAAUCUUUUUAUUAUUACUACCCGCAUAAUCAUUUAAUUUUCCAU